AUGGUGGCUCCCGAUUCCGAGGCUCCUUCGACUCCUCGGAUAGCGGGUGCCGCGCGCGAAAGCCCCUCUGCUGCCGAAGUGCGCCACACCACUGACCUAUACAUCCGCACUAGUUGGGUGGAUGCCGCUCUAGCACUCUCAGAACUCGAAAAGGGCAACAUCGAAGGAGGUCGGACGUCACUGUGGAUUAGAGCGUGGCUGCAAGAGCAGCUGUUCGUGUUGGGCUGCUUCCUGCAAGGUGACGCCGGCAAAGUACUGUUUGUGGCAGUACUGGUGCUGUCCACCUUUUGUGUUGGCCUCAAGUCUGCGCAAAUACAUUCACGCGUUGACCAACUCUGGGUUCAGGAGGGUGGGAGAUUAGAGGCUGAAUUGAAGUACACCGCAAAAGCGUUGGGUGAAGCUGACUUCUCGACGCAUCAGCUUAUUAUUCAGACUGCUAAAGAUCCUGACGCUUCUCUACUUCAUGUCGGGGCGCUGCUUGAUCACCUAAAGGUUGUUCACGCAGCGACCCGAGUCACGGUUCAUAUGUAUGAUCUGGAGUGGCGAUUGAAAGACCUCUGCUAUAGUCCUAGUACACCGGACUUCGAAGCUGAACACAUUGAAAAUAUAUUUGAUAGUAUAGUCCCUUGCGCUAUCACCACACCGUUAGACUGCUUUUGGGAAGGAUCCAAGCUGCUUGGACCGGAUAAUCCGAUUUACGUACCUUUAUUAAAAGAUAAGCUACAAUGGACUCAGUUGAAUCCACAAGAUAUAUUAGAAGAAGUGAAGCCCUUGAAGAUACAGUUCCCAUGGAGAACGAUGGAAGCAUACAUGAAACGAGCUGGCAUCACAACUGCUUACAUGAAGAAGCCGUGCCUGGAUCCCACCGACCCUCAAUGCCCAGCCACGGCACCCAACCAAAAAUCCGGGCAUGUACCGGAUGUAGCUGCCGAAUUGUCCCACGGGUGUUACGGAUUUGCUGCAGCUUAUAUGCACUGGCCAGAACAGCUGAUAGUGGGCGGAGCGACCAGGAACUCGACGUCAGUGCUACGCAGUGCGAAGGCUCUGCAGACGGUAGUUCAGUUGAUGGGCGAACGCGAGAUGUACGAGUACUGGUCCGAUCAUUACAAGGUGCACCAUGUCGGCUGGAAUCAAGAGAAAGCAGCAGCUGUUUUGGACGCCUGGCAGAGGAAGUUUGCAUCUGAGGUACGGAAAAUGACUACAUCGGAGGCAGUGUCACCUUCAUAUAGUUUCUACCCUUUCUCAACUUCAACCCUCAAUGAUAUACUUGGAAAAUUUUCUGAACUUUCCCUCAAAAAUAUUAUUUUAGGCUACAUGUUUAUGUUAAUUUAUGUUGCCGUUACUUUGAUGCAAUGGAAAGACCCAGUUCGUUCACAAGCCGGAGUCGGUAUCGCCGGCGUACUACUUUUGUCUAUCACAGUAGCAGCUGGAUUGGGUUUUUGUGCUUUGUUAGGUAUUCCAUUUAACGCAUCAAGCACGCAAAUCGUGCCGUUCCUAGCACUGGGGUUGGGCGUCCAAGAUAUGUUCCUUCUUACUCAUACAUAUGUGGAGCAGUCAGGAGAUGUCCCAAGAGAAGAGCGCACAGGCCUAGUCUUAAAGAAAAGCGGUCUAAGCGUUUUAUUGGCGUCAUUGUGUAACGUUAUGGUAUUUCUUGCUGCCGCGCUCAUGCCCAUUCCAGCUUUGAGGGUAUUUUGUCUCCAGGCUGCUAUCCUUCUUCUCUUCAAUCUGGGGUCAAUGUUACUGGUUUUUCCGGCAAUGAUCUCUUUGGACCUUCGGCGAAGAUCAGCGGCGCGAGCAGAUUUAUUGUGUUGCCUUCUUCCUGACAGUCCUCACACAGUUAAAUCUAAGAAAUUUUCUGAAAGAUCUAGACACCGCAACGAUAAAAGCAAUAAGAGUCAUUGGAAAGAUACCACACGACAACCUUUAGAUCCAGAUGAUGGCGGCAAUAUUGAAAAAACUUGUUGUCUCAGUAUUUCAUUAACAAAAUGGGCCAAAAAUCAUUAUUCUCCGUUCAUUAUGCGCCCUUCUGUAAAGGUUACGUCCAUGCUAGCAUUGAUAGCGCUCAUAUUGGCAAGCGUCUGGGGUGCUACGAAAGUAAAGGAUGGUUUAGAUCUCACGGAUAUUGUGCCUGAAAAUACCGACGAACACGAAUUCCUGUCAAGGCAAGAGAAAUAUUUUGGUUUCUACAGUAUGUAUGCAGUAACACAAGGAGAUUUUGAAUAUCCAACAAACCAAAAAUUACUCUACGAAUAUCACGAACAAUUUGUUAGAAUACCAAACAUAAUAAAGAACGAUAACGGUGGCUUGACAAAAUUCUGGCUGAGCUUAUUCCGUGAUUGGUUACUGGACUUGCAAGCAGCUUACGACAAAGAAGUUGAAAGUGGAUGUAUAACAAAAGAAUAUUGGUGCAAAAAUGCAAGCGACGAGGGUAUAUUAGGCUACAAACUUAUGGUGCAGACAGGACAUGUAGACAAUCCCAUCGACAAGUCACUAGUAACUAUAGAUACCAAAAAUGGUCAUAGAUUGGUUGAUAAAGAUGGUAUUAUAAAUCCGAGAGCGUUUUACAAUUACUUAUCAGCUUGGGCAACAAAUGAUGCCUUAGCGUAUGGUGCAUCUCAAGGAAAUUUAAAGCCCCAGCCUAAAACUUGGAUACAUUCACCAUCAGACACCGAUUUGAAGAUACCGAAAUCAUCGCCACUGAUUUAUGCACAGAUCCCGUUCUACUUAUCAGGUCUUAGUGAUACGGAAAGCAUUAAACAACUGAUAAUGUCAGUUAGAGAGCUGUGCCUGAAAUUCGAAGCGAAGGGAUUGUCUAAUUUCCCGUCUGGAAUUCCUUUCCUGUUUUGGGAGCAGUAUUUGUACCUUAGGACAUCACUGCUCCUAGCCUUGGCUUGCGCUUUGGCUGCUGUGUUUGUGACAGUAAUGGUUUUGUUGUUAAAUGCAUGGGCUGCCGUGUUAGUGACACUAGCGUUGGGCACUCUUGUACUGCAGUUAUUGGGUACAAUGGCUCUGUUGGACGUAAAAUUGUCUGCAGUGCCAGCAGUACUCUUGGUUUUGGCAAUCGGACGAGGAGUACAUUUCACCGUUCAUUUAUGCUUGGCGUUUGUAACGUCAAUAGGCAGUAAGCCACGGCGUGCUUCAAUAGCUCUAGAGUCGGUCCUAGCGCCGGUGGUACAUGGGGCGCUGGCUGCCGCGCUGGCAGCCUCCAUGCUCGCAACCAGCGAAUUUGGGUUCGUCGCCAGACUAUUCCUGAGACUACUCCUCGCGUUGGUCUUACUUGGUCUACUGGAUGGGCUUCUGUUCUUCCCGAUUAUAUUGGCUUUACUUGGUCCGGCUGCUGAGGUCCGGCCGUUAGAACAUCCUGAGCGGCUAUCGACCCCAUCGCCUAAAUGUUCGCCUCUACCUCCUCGGAAGUCAAGUUCAUCUAAAGACAGCGGCGACAAAUCGAGCCGGAACAAAUCAGCACCUCGUCCUUGCGCGCCUUCUCUCACGACUAUCACAGAAGAACCGCCGAGUUGGCACAGCUCAGCCUCCUCUGUGCAGUCGUCCAUGCAGUCCAUUAUGGUGCAACCAGAGGUGGUGGUGGAAACUACUACGUACAACGGCAGUGAUUCCACCUCUGGACGAUCUACGCCGACUUCGAAGCCGCAUCCAGGAGCUAUCACUACGAAGGUAACCGCAACGGCGAACAUAAAAGUGGAAGUAGUGACACCUGGCGACAGAAAAUCGCGACGGUCAUAUCAUUACUAUGAUCGACGGCGCGAUCGGGACGACGACCGAGAACGGGAUCGCGAUCGGGAACGGGAAAGGGACCGGGACCGAGACAGAGACAGAGAGCGAGAUCGCGAACGAGACCGGGACCGAGACCGGGACAGAGAUAGAGUAGACAGAGACCGUGAAAGAGACAGGGAGAGAUCGAGAGAUCGUCGGGAGCGAUAUAGGGACGAGAGAGACCACCGUGCCUCACCCAGGGAAAACGGACGUGACUCUGGCCACGAAAGUGAUUCAUCCAGACAUUAAGACUGUGUUCAAACUACUGUGUCGGUUGUUAGUCGUCGUGUUCACAAGUUAAAUGACUCGAGUGAAGAUAGAGUGAAUGAAACUAAGCAUGAAUACACUGACGACUCAACCUAGAGUUGUCGAGUGUUGUGUCAAGCGUAAGACGUGUUUUAAGGAUUGCAAUACAGCUGACUAAAUAAAGCCUUAGAACAGUAUUACGAACUUAAUAUUAAGAAACAUAUUUUUUAUUUAAUACAAUUAUUAGUGGAGGCUACAAUAAUUCGGUACAUGGAAUUGCAAGUAUUCAAUUCAAGUUAUAUUUUAUUAUAUGCAAUGUGUUACUGAAAUCAUUCCAUUGAACACUGUUAAUGUUGACAGGAUUGCCAUAAAAAUACAGAUCUUGUCUCAAAUUUCCCGAUGUUAAUGUACCUAUUUGUCGUAAGGAGAUGGGUCCUUUGAUGACCUUGAGCUCGAAACAGUCCUACAUAAUUUUAUAAAAGAUUCAAAACGUGAGCAAGAUUGGAAACUAUUGUCAAUUCUAAUUAUAAAGACCAAAUAUGAUUAAGACAUCUAUUAUUAUGUAUUUUGUUUCGCGUGUUCCUAUUAUAAAGACAUUUCCAUUGUCCACCAUGUUGCUGCUUUUUGUUACGAUUUAUCUUCUUUAAAGACUGUGGUCAAAUACUUUUAAUAAUUUAUCAUAUUAUUUAUUUUUAUUGUCUAUAAUUUUAUUACUUUUAUCACCAGAUGAGUCUCACUCUCUUCAGUGAGUUGUCUCAGAUUUAUUGUACAAAUUAAUUAAAUAGGGUUAAUGUUAUCGUAAGCGACUAUUUAUGAGAUUAUUUAGUGUUCUAAAUAUACUCUUACUGUAUUCUUGUGAUCUUUAAAUAAACAUUUAAGACUGCAUUUAACGAUCAAAGCACAGUAUUCUGUGGUUAAGUAUCAUAAAUAUAAUGCGGCAUUCACACAACAUUUUUCACUGGAAAACGCUGACCUCAUUAGAGAAGCAAAUUUAAAUGUAAUAGAGAUGUGACGUUUUGUGCAAAGUACUUAUUAGUUUGUAUUAUUUAUACGUACAUAUGUAAGUUAAUAAUAAUCUGUAAAUAUAGAUUUAGAUGUAAUAUUAAUCGAUGCGAAGUGCCUGCGUACGUGCAAAGCAGUCGAAUACAUUUGUAUCUUUAUUUUUAUACAUUUUUAAAUGACAUAAUGUCGAUAAACUAUUGUAACAGAAACCAAGUGUUUAUAAGUUUAGAAAAAAAUAUAUCAAUUAGAGCUUAUUUUCAAAUUUCAUAGUUUCAAACACGGACUUUUCAUAGAUAAAAAAUGCUUUAUAUUUUUUUCCGAAAAUCUUAAAGAAUAAAUCUAAAUGACUAUUUUCUGGGUUUCUAUAGGUAAAUAAUUAAUAUGUCGUAACGACAUACGUGUGUUCUUUUGUAUCAGAACAGAAGGAAUAAACUGAAACAAUAUAAGUUGUCAAUUGUGUUGAGAAAAUAAAACAAUAUGUACCUACUU